UAGUUAAAUAGUUAAACCAGAAUAGUAUCGUUAGAGCAACCAAACAAACGACAUUGUUAAUAGACCAUUCAACGCGGAUAGAACUAUUAAAUAUUAUUAAUUUAUUCAGUAGAUAUUUUUAACAAAAAAAAAAAUGGCAUACAAGCAAAUGUUUCGGGAUAGUAUGACCAACAAUGUUUUCGAAGAUCGUCACGGACAUGCUGGACAGAAGGCUCGGGUAUCAUUCAACAAGACCGAUAAUGUUAAGAUCAGUACGGAAAAACUACAACCAGCCAACGUUAACAAACGUCUCGUUUUGAACGAGCCAACAGCAUUGACCCGAUAUGCCAGGGCUAAGAUCGAGAUGGCUGAAAGGAAAGAGUCAGACAUGCGAAUCAGUGCUUUGUAUCGUCCGUCUUCCAGGAUUGAGCGCCUGGCCAUGCCGCUGCCACGGUGGCGCAAACCAUUGGUUCGAUUGGCUGCCGUUUCCAAAAAAGUUGACCCACAAAUUCCGUGGUGCAAAAAAGGACCUAACGCUCCCAAUAACCAAGUCAAAGUGAUAAACCCGACGAAUAAACCAUUAGCAGUAGCUAAAACAGGCGUAUCACCUGCAGCUCUUAAGUAUGAGCCGUCGGAUAACAUAAAACGAUUGGCCAAACACCGAAAAGUACAUAAAGUGGACGACGAUAAACAGUGCUUCUCUGUAAAGCCAUCAUCGCUUAUUUACCAACCAUCGCCUCGUAUUAAUCAACUUUCAAUGCCCCGGAUCCGGAAUCGUGAGGUGAAAAAGUGAUCAUCGUUGAUUCUUGUUAUUAUCACUCUAAUAAUUAUUUUAUAAAUAUUGUAAUGCUAUUUUUAAAAACAGUAAUCGUUAUUGUUUGAAAACUAAAAUAAUAUUUAUUUUUUACGACAUUCCAAUAUAUUUUCCAUUUUUCCAGUAUAAAAAUUAUAUUUGCAAUGUAUUUAAAACUUUUUUUAUUGAUAAUUCUUAUAGCAUUUAAGUUAAAAAAAAAUAAAAUCCCAAAUACUAUUAUGGGCAUCCAUGCAGAUGACACCGCAAUUUUUUCACCUAGAAAUAACCAUGUAGAAACGGUACAUUUUCUACAAACACAUUUAGAUUUAAUAAACGAGUGGUCAUUCAAUUGGAAAAUUAAGAUUAACCUACACAAAUCAAUUUAUACCCGAUUUAUGUUAAAAAAUUCCAUAUUCUUUCCUUUCCAUUUUCCAUAAAUAUCAAUCUCAAUACUCUCGUAAGUAAAAUACUUCGUUGUCUUACUUGACAAACGAUUGACCUGGGGUCCUCACAACAAGAAAAAAGGAAAAUUCUCAAUAGCCGACUUACUGGACUUCACUUGCUUCACUCAAUUCUGAAAUCAAAACUAACUUUCCACACAAAAAUGACCAUCUAUAAAUCCCUAUUAUUUCUAAAUUUAUACAAGAUGAUUUACCAAUUAUGCUCACCCCUCUUUUUUCGAUUAACAAUAAAUGUAUUCAGAUUCUAAUUGAAUGUUUAAUUUUUUUUUUUUUAAUGUUCAAAAAUGUUUUAUAAAUAUUCAAAUAUAUUAUAACUAUAUACAAUUAGUACGCAAUAAUUAAAAUUGUUAUAUUAUUAUAUUACAGCGCUAAUACAAUAUCAUUAAAUUUACACAAAUUUUAAGUAAUUUAAAAUAUGAUAUUUUAAUAUAGGUAUAAUUCAUAAUUCUAAAAUAAUUUCAAUAAAUACAUUAUUGCAGUAAAAAAACAGGGGUGAUCAUGCAUAAUGAAUAAAUAAAAUAAUAAAUAUAUAUAUAUAUAUAGCUAUAACAUUAUAAUGUAUUUCAGUACGAGAUUUAAGAAAAUUCCAAUACAAUAUAAUUAGUAAUACAAUAUAAUAUUAUAAUAAUAUUAUAAUAUAACAAUAUGUAGGUUAAACUAUAUCAGUUCGAAACGGGAUGAAGAUUUUUGAAACACCUGUAUAAAAACAGGGGUAAAACAGGGGUGAAUGGGGUGAUCAAUGAUAAUGCACAAUGAAUAAACCUGUACAUGUAACAAUUAUAUAUUAUAUUACUCAUUAUGUAGUAUUAGAAUUUUUUUAAAUAUCGUACCGAAAUACAUUAUAAUAUUAUUGCUUUUUAUAUAUAUAUUUAUUAUUUUAUUUAUUCAUUAUGCAUGAUCACCCCAGUUUUUUUACUGUAAUAAUGUAUUUAUUGAAAUUAUUUUAGAAAUAUGAAUUAUACCUAUAUUAAAAUAUCAUAUUUUAAAUUACUUAAAAUUUGUGUAAAUUUAAUGAUAUUGUAUUAGCGCUGUAAUAUAAUAAUAUAACAAUUUUAAUUAUUACGUACUAAUUGUAUAUAGUUAUAAUAUAUUUGAAUAUGUUAUUAUUUAUAAAAAAAUUUUGAACAUAGAGUAACAAGGUUUAUGAAAAUAUUCUAAGAAUUAGAAUCUGAAUACAUUUAUUGUUAAUCGAAAAAAGAGGGGUGAGCAUAAUUGGUAAAUCAUCUUGUAUAAAUUUAGAAAUAAUAGGGAUUUAUAGAUGGUCAUUUUUGUGUGGAAAGUUAGUUUUGAUUUCAGAAUUGAGUGAAGCAAGUGAAGUCCAGUAAGUCGGCUAUUGAGAAUUUUCCUUUUUUCUUGUUGUGAGGACCCCAGGUCAAUCGUUUGUCAAGUAAGACAACGAAGUAUUUUACUUACGAGAGUAUUGAGAUUGAUAUUUAUGGAAAAUGGAAAGGAAAGAAUAUGGAAUUUUUUAACAUAAAUCGGGUAUAAAUUGAUUUGUGUAGGUUAAUCUUAAUUUUCCAAUUGAAUGACCACUCGUUUAUUAAAUCUAAAUGUGUUUGUAGAAAAUGUACCGUUUCUACAUGGUUAUUUCUAGGUGAAAAAAUUGCGGUGUCAUCUGCAUGGAUGCCCAUAAUAGUAUUUGGGAUUUUAUUUUUUUUUAAUUUAAAUGCUAUAAGAAUUAUCAAUAAAAAAAGUUUUAAAUACAUUGCAAAUAUAAUUUUUAUACUGGAAAAAUGGAAAAUAUAUUGGAAUGUCGUAAAAAAUAAAUAUCAUUUUAGUUUUCAAACAAUAACAAUUACUGCUUUUAAUAACGGCUCUCACAUAUUUUAAAAUGUAAUACACAUAAUUUGUGAAAUAAAAUAUAAACUAUUAUAAAUAAA